AUUGCUGGUUAUGAAACAGCAAUCUGUGUGCAAUCUUACAAUAUCAUUUUGUCUUCUCCCUUCUACUGUUAGAGUGAUUACAAUCAUCCUCUCUCUCUUCGCUUUGUCUUUGUUGAAAAUGAUCUAAUCGUGGACAUAAAACCAGGGAAAGGUUGCGUGCCACCCAGCCACAUCAAACAGCAGAGGAGGCGUUGUUUGCUGUGUUGCUAUGUGUGUGAGAAACAGAGACUGUAUUUGCAUUGAAGUGCUGCAAGAUGAUGCUGCUCAGCUGCUCUAUACUGUUGCUCUGUCUUUCCGCGACUGCAGAGGACAUUGUAGUUUGGCGAGAGUCUGGUGAGAACGUCACCUUGGAGUGUUCCUUGGCAAAAUGUCCCAGCAGCAUUGACGGGUUUGUUGGGAUGUAUCUGUAUCACGAUUUAAAAAAGUGUGCAGAGGUGCUUUACUAUCACUCCAGCCCAAAAUAUGAUAAAAUCACCCCACGAAUCGGAUAUUUGGAGAGGGUUGAGAUGAAAGGAUCUCUGAAGAAGAACACCGUCACCAUCAGCAAUCUGACCGUGGGUGAUUCUGGUAUCUACAGAUGUGUCUACAGAGGAAAUGUUGCAACUCAACUUAAAUGCAACGUCUACAAUCUUUUUGUGCUAGGAGUUCAACCAUGUCCCAGAUCGGAGGAAGAGCUUCGAGACAAUGUCAGUGAGACAAGUCCUCCACUGGUGUUAAUCAUCGUUGCCUCCUGUGCCAUCAGCAUAAUUGCCACCGUGAUCGUCAUCCUGCUGAUCUUCAGGGUGAAACAAUGGACUGGAGGCAGAAGAAGUGCAAGGACUGCCCCCAAUGAUUGUGUGUACGAAGUCAUGACCAAGAACGGCUUCAACCGUGUAGCAGCUCCUGAGGUGCAAUUGCCAGACGUGUAUGGUUUUGCUCGGCCAAUAGAAAAAUAGAGUACUUUUUAUUUGAUGGAUGACUAUUUUCUUCUUUGUGGCUGGUUCAAUUUUUCAACAGUUUUUGCUGGAUUGUGAAGAAAUGUAAAAUAUAUCAAUUUUUAAAAUUGAAACCUUUACCAGAAACAAUUUAUUUGUUGUUGAAAUAUCACAGGAUUCUAUUCAUUGUUAAAAUCAUUAGUACUGAUUGUGGUGUUAACAUUUAAGCAUUUGAAAUUUGAUUGGUGAACAGGCAGUGGGAGAGCUGUGAGUACACAUAUGACAGUACUUGCGGUCACACACCAUGUUUUUAUCCAGGAAUUAAAAAAAAAAGUAAAGGUGAUAAAUAUUGUAAUUGUGUAAUGUGUAUAAUUAUAUAAUAUGGUUUUAUACACUGUGUCUGUAAAUUGUGAUACAAUUUUUAAUGGUUUAAUGUGUGUUUAAUUUUGUGACUACUGGCCGUGGUGCGUAUGAUUUUUGCUUCAUGCUGCUGUUUGUGAUGCCGUUUCUAAACUGUUGUAAGAUUUUAUCUAUGGUGUUUGCGUGUGGAUGCAAACAAAUUGAAAAAAUUGCCAAUAAAAGAAAAAGCAGAUAAA